AUUUGUUUUAUUUAGUACCGCAAAAGUGCUUAGUUUCAAUAAUUUUUGAGUAUCGUUGUGAAUAUGCAGCUCCGUAUUUAAACAACAACAACCAGGAGUUGGUUGACGCAUCAGCAAGCUCACAGAGAGUUUCGUUUUAUACUUCUAUCCUUAUAUCUUGGACUAAAGAGGAUUACAGAGAAAAAAAAAAAUGAAUUCACAAGAGGCACCAGCAAUACCAGAUGAAGAGAGGAACGCUUUUCGAGUACCAAGAAUGUUUCAAAUGUCAUCUCAUCCAAUCGUUCUUUUCUUCUUUUUGUUCUUUCGAACAAGUGCCAUUGUUGCGUAUAUUUUAGGAAUGCUAUUUACCUCUAGCUUUAUGCUGUUAUUUAUCUUAAUAUUUACACUAUUGGCAAUGGAUCUUUGGACGGUGAAAAACGUUUCAGGUCGAUUGCUUGUCGGAUUAAGAUGGAGAAAUGAAACGGGUGUUGAUGGUGAAAGUAUAUGGAUUUUUGAGUCGGCUGACCCCAAUCGUCCUCGAAAUAAGAUAGACCAAAAAGUAUUUUGGUAUGGAUUGUAUAUUUAUCCGGCAAUUUGGUGCCUAUUGGCUAUUUUAGCCUUGGUUCGCUUCCAAUUUUUGUGGCUUUCUCUUGUAGCUAUAGGCGUUUCCCUAACGUCUGUUAACACUGCUGCAUACAGCCGAUGUGAUAAAGAUGCUAAAAGACGAUGGGCUACGGAACUUGUUGAAUCAAACUCUUCUGGAUAUGUAUCCCAAUUCCUGUCAAGGAUCUUUGUGAACCGAUUUUUUGGCUAAAUUUCCGUAUAUACACUUUUAACGCAUCCGUUGUAUGUAUAAGAAGAUGUACCGUUCUUUUUCUUCUCUUUCUUUUCUAUUAUUUUCCAUUCCUUACUAGCCCUCGCAUCAAAUUAUAUAAGACAGCCUUAGCCUGGUUUCCCUGUUCCCUAAACCGAUAUUAUGAACUCUUUUCUUUAUUAUUAUAUUGCCUUCAUUUCGUAUUAAUUUUACUAAAGCGAUAUGUUUAAUGUAUACGAUGAUAUUAUUGUAUGAUAACCC